UCAAUCCCCUGUUUCCAAUGACUUUCCUCUUUCCCUUCCCUUUCCACUCAUCUUCUCUUGUUUUAUCAUCAUCAUCAUCUUCUUCAAUCUUCUUCCUUCACUUCCACUCUCUGCUAAAUGCUUUCCACACAUAACAACACUUAGCACACCUCUCUGCUUUGUUUCCUCCAUCACUCACAUGGCUUCCAACUUCAACCAACCAGGAGGAGCUCUAGGUCAAAGGGACAUAGAAAAGGAAAAGGCUGCUAUGACUCCACCACAGACUCCACUUUCUGAGAUUUCGCCGUCGCCGUCUCCGUCGUCAUCCACGGCGCCGGCGCUGGUGCUGUCGAACUCCGGGAAGCGGAUCGACCAGGCCGGGAAGAAGAAGUACGUGAAGCAGGUGACAGGGCGCCACAACGACACGGAGCUGCACCUGGCGGCGCAGAGGGGCGAUGUUGGUGCGGUCAGGCAGAUCCUUCUCGACAUCGAUUCUCAGAUAAUGGGGACUCAUGGCGGCGGCGGCGGCGGCGACGGCGAUGUUGUUGAUCUCAACUCGGAGAUUGCUGAGGUGCGUGCUUGUGUUGUGAAUGAAGAGAAUGAGCUUGGAGAAACUGCUUUGUUCACUGCAGCUGAGAGGGGACACCUUGAUGUUGUCAAGGAGCUGUUGAAACAUUCCAACCUUAAAAAGAAGAACCGAUCUGGCUUUGAUCCUUUGCAUAUUGCUGCUAGUCAAGGCCACCAUGCCAUCGUUCAGGUUUUACUAGAUUAUGACCCUGGAUUAAGCAAAACUAUUGGUCCGUCCAAUGCUACUCCGCUUAUAACAGCGGCGACAAGAGGGCACGUGGAAGUGGUGAACGAGCUGCUGUCAAAGGAUUGCAGCUUGUUGGAAAUCGCUAGAUCCAAUGGCAAAAGUCCAUUGCAUUUGGCUGCUCGUCAGGGUCAUGUGGAGAUUGUAAGAGCCUUGCUCAGUAAAGAUCCACAGUUGGCUCGGAGGACCGACAAGAAAGGACAAACUGCGUUGCAUAUGGCAGUGAAAGGGCAAAGUGCUGAUGUAGUGAAAUUGCUUCUUGAUGCAGAUGCUGCUAUUGUCAUGCUUCCUGACAAAUUUGGUAACACAGCAUUACACGUGGCAACCAGGAAAAAGCGAGUUGAGAUAGUGAAUGAGUUGUUAAAUCUGCCAGACACCAAUGUUAAUGCAUUAACCAGAGACCACAAAACAGCCCUCGACAUUGCUGAAAAUCUUCCCCUCUCUGAAGAGGCGUCAGAUAUAAAGGACUGCCUUUCUCGGUAUGGGGCACUUAGAGCGAAUGAGCUGAAUCAACCAAGGGAUGAACUGAGGAAAACUGUUACUCAGAUUAAGAAAGACGUUCACACCCAGCUGGAGCAAACCAAGAGAACCAACAAAAAUGUUCAUAAUAUUUCCAAAGAGCUAAGGAAACUCCACAGGGAAGGAAUCAAUAACGCCACAAACUCCGUGACAGUGGUGGCUGUGUUGUUUGCUACAGUUGCCUUUGCUGCUAUAUUCACCGUGCCUGGUGGGGAUAACGAUGAUGGCUCAGGAGUGGUAGCGGCCUAUUCUGCUUUUAAAAUCUUCUUCAUCUUCAAUGCUAUUGCGCUUUUUACAUCUUUGGCUGUUGUGGUUGUUCAAAUUACCCUGGUCAGAGGUGAAACUAAAGCAGAGAAAAGGGUGGUGGAGGUGAUUAACAAGCUUAUGUGGUUGGCUUCUGUAUGCACCUCAGUGGCGUUUAUCGCGGCUUCAUACAUAGUUGUAGGUCGGAAGAAUGAGUGGGCUGCAAUUCUGGUUACAGUAGUUGGAGGUGUGAUCAUAUCAGGAGUUAUUGGCACCAUGACAUACUAUGUAGUGAGGUCUAAGAGAAGCAGAUCAAUGAGGAAGAAGGAGAAGCAGCAGGCCAGGAGGAGUGGAUCCAACUCAUGGCAUCAUUCGGAGUUCUCUAACUCCGAGGUUGAUCCAAUUUACGCGCUUUGAUUUUGAAAAAUUGCAACCUUUUGAGGGAUCAUGAGACCAAAUUAUGGUGAAAAAAAGGUCAGGUACCUUAAGAGUUUCUGUUCACAUUAGCUCUCUAAAGAGUUAACUAAGAAACUCCAUUGCAACAUAGUUUGUACGCUGUACAGAGUGUUUAUUCAAAUGAAGCCUUGAUCAUCAUUGUAGCUGCUAACUGGUGUCUUGCAGGGCCUAAGUAUGCACAUGUAUCUUAACAACAGGUAGUAAAUUUGCGAGAAGAAUAAAUCAAACAUUGCUUUAA